ACAUUCUUUAAUAUAUGUGUUCUUUUCUUGGUUUUUAAACCUAACGGUCGGUUCUAGAACGCAGCGUCACGUCACAGAACGUUCCUCUAAUGAGAGUCACACCACCAACGUCAUCACGGUGUCGCUUAGCAACUAAAAUUCACACGACAUUAUACAGCGUAACACAAUAACAUAAUUCAACAUUUAGCUCAUGUUAGACGUUAAACUCUGUUAAACUGAUCACAAUGAUGCUCUUUUGUUUUUACCGCCAUUUAAAGCAACAGGAAGGAGUCUCGAGCCCCUCGUGGCCAAACGGGAGAAGAACAGAACGUUAACAGUCGUCACGUGAGACCGCAGCAGUAACGUGACUCUCUCUAAACGGGAAGUGAGAGACUGAACGGAGAACUUCUAAUAAACAGUCUGGUUCAGCCCGGUUAGCAGUCACCGGGUCUGUCCGUCGGUACGGGAACCGGACAGUAGGUCAGAAGGACAGCAGGACAGCAGGACAGCAGGACGGAGUGUACCUGAACAGGCAGUUAUGGGCUCCAUGUUUCGCAGUGAGGAGGUGUGCCUGGUGCAGCUCUUCCUUCAGUCCGGCUCGGCUUACAACUGUGUCAGUGAGCUGGGAGAACUGGGCCUGGUUGAAUUCAGAGACUUGAAUCCUAACGUGAACGCCUUUCAGAGGAAGUUUGUCAGUGAGGUCAGGCGAUGCGAGGAGCUUGAGAAAACUUUUACCUUCCUGGAGCAGGAGAUCAAUCGCUCCCUGUCUCAGCGGUGUCCCCUCCCUCCUCCAUGCCCGAUUCCUUCGGCCCCUCAGCCCCGAGAACUCAUCACCAUAGAGGAGGAGUGCGAGAGGCUGGCCAGAGAGCUCAAAGAGGUGUCCAGAAACAGAGACAGCCUCCGGGCUCAGCUGACCCAGCUCUGUCAGUACCAGGGAGUCCUGACCAGGACGCACUCUCUCACAGCCUCACAGGCACCACCACCGGUACUGGAAAGCCAAGGCCUGUUUGAUAACCGCCAAGAUGUCCGCCUCAGUUUCGUGGCAGGAGUGGUCCAUCCCUGGAAGGUUCCCUCAUUUGAACGGUUGUUAUGGCGGGCGUGUCGCGGUUAUAUCAUUGUGGACUUCAGAGAAAUGGAGGAUCGUCUCGAGCAUCCGGACACGGGAGAAAUGGUGCAGUGGACGGUGUUCCUCAUCUCCUACUGGGGAGAUCAGAUCGGACAGAAAGUGAAGAAGAUCUGUGAUUGCUUCCGCACACAGACAUUUGCAUACCCUGAGAGCACUGCUGAGAGAGAAGAGAUUCUCCAGGGACUUCAAGGCAGAAUUGAAGAUAUCAAAGCCGUGUUGUCGCAGACCGAGUCCUUCCUGCAGCAGCUGCUGAUGCGGGCGGUGGCGGUGUUGCCCCAGUGGAAGGUGCGGGUGCAGAAGUCUAAGGCGAUCCAGAUGGUGCUGAAUCUCUGCAGCCCCUCCGUCACAGACAAAUGCCUGAUCGCUGAGGCCUGGUGUCCCAUCGCCAAGUUGCCUGAGCUGCAGAGCGCUCUGAGAGAGGGAGGGAGGAAGAGCGGCAGUGGUGUCGACUCUUUCUACAACCGCCUGCCUUCCUCCGCCCCCCCACCGACCCUGUUUCCCAUCAACUCUUUCACAGCCGGUUUCCAGAACAUUGUCGAUGCCUACGGAGUGGCCAGCUACCGGGAAGUCAAUCCAGCGGUGUACACCAUAAUUACAUUCCCCUUCCUGUUUGCUGUGAUGUUUGGGGAUGUGGGUCACGGUUUACUGAUGACUCUGGCUGCCCUCUGGAUGGUCCUCGAGGAGAAGGACCCCAAAUUCAGGAACAACAACAACGAGAUCUGGAGGAUGAUGUUCGGAGGAAGGUAUCUGAUUCUGCUGAUGGGACUGUUCUCCAUCUACACGGGGGCCGUUUACAACGAGUGCUUCAGCCGAGGCCUCAGUACCUUCGACUCAGCGUGGCACGUCGGCCCGAUGUUUGAGAACAACAUCUGGAAUUCAUCAGUCCUGGCAGGGAACCAGUACCUGUCCAUGGAUCCUGUCGUGUCGGGUGUUUUCACCACCCCCUAUCCGUUUGGCAUCGACCCGGUCUGGGGGCUGUCCAACAACAAACUAACUUUCCUGAACUCGUACAAGAUGAAGAUGUCGGUCAUCAUCGGUGUUAUUCACAUGACUUUUGGAGUCUGCUUGUCGUUCUUUAACUACUGGCACUUUGGCCAGCUAAGCAGUGUGUUCUUUGUGCUGAUCCCUGAGCUGUUCUUCAUGGUGUGUCUGUUUGGCUACCUGGUGUUUAUGGUGGUCUUCAAGUGGCUCGCCUUCACUCCCGCACAGUCAAAAAAGGCUCCCAGUAUACUCAUCCACUUCAUAGAUAUGUUCCUCUUCACAGACAACCCUGAGAACCCAACGCUCUACCAAGGACAGAUUGUGGUGCAGAAGAUCCUGGUGGUGCUGGCUCUGUGUUCUGUCCCGGUCCUCCUGUUUGGGAAGCCCACGUACGAAUACAUCGCAUUCAAGAGUAGACGACGUCAAACAGAAGAAGACCGACGACCGCUAGUGGCCGACGAAGGCUCCAUCAACACUUGUCAGGGGGAGACGGAGGGAGCUGCUGAAGAGGAGGAGUUUGAUGUCGCAGACGUAUUCAUGCAUCAGGCCAUCCACACUAUAGAGUACUGCCUGGGAUGCAUCUCCAACACCGCCUCUUACCUCCGGCUCUGGGCUCUCAGUCUGGCACACGCACAGCUCUCUGAGGUGUUGUGGGUGAUGGUGAUGCGUCUCGCCCUGAGGUGGAAGGGCUAUGUGGGAUCUGUAGUCCUCUUUGUGAUUUUUGCCUUCUUUGCUAUGUUGACGGUCGCCAUCCUGCUGGUUAUGGAGGGACUCUCAGCUUUCCUGCACGCGCUCCGUCUGCACUGGGUGGAGUUUCAGAACAAGUUCUACAGUGGUACAGGCUACAAGCUGAGCCCUUUCUCCUUCUCAGCUCUGAUCAAUGCAUCAGCUGCUAUAUGAUCACCCAAACGGUUCUGUUAAUUUAUGUCUAUUACUGAGCACUUGGACUACAACUACACACAUCCGAAUGACUGUGUCUCCACGUCUAUUGCCUGUAGGCUGUGAAAUGGUUUAAUUGACUUGCAUAAUGAUCAUGAUGGUAAAGACUGUUAUUUUUGCAUUUUUGAAUGAGUCCCUAUAUAAUGAAUUACAAUUAAUUAUAUGAAAUGAAAAAAAUAUACUUUUGUAUCCCCUUGCUAAUUUCACUCAGUGUUAUGGGCUGCUUUUUUAAUUACUCAAAAAUAGUAAUCAUUUACUUUUCACUGUAUGAACAUGUAUCAUAGCCAUCAAAAGGGAAAUCACAACAAGUAAUGAAUCUGUUCUGCAGUUUAAGGGAAGGUAUGAUUGUUGAAUUGGACGUAUUAUGCUUCGAUAAGCCGGCCCUGUAGGAGUCUUCAAAUGAUAGCAGGGAAUUAUAUGAAUGAUUUUCACGAGCCAAAGAUACUUUCCCCCUAACUGUCACGUCUUCCGAUCUCAAAACACAACAGGUUUUUAUUGGUAGUAAACGUUUUUCAGGUGCCUUACUGGGGACUGAGUGCUUCUUCAUUCAUUAAGUGUUUGGACAGAUCUUAACCUCCUUCAUCACGCCACUAUCUUCAACAAAACUCUGCCCGGACAGUUUCUCUCUCUUUUCUUUUUCCUGCCGGUUUGCACUGUAAGAUGGAUCAAAUCUGAACUGAAAUUAAAUAAUGAUUUUCUUGUUUAAUCUUA